UCAUGGGUUUUUAUUGACGCUUCUGCUCGGCCGGCGGCUACGGUAUGAGAUAGGUAAAAUGGGGGCGGUUUUUGCGGCGCAUCAGCAAUUGGAAACACCUUGCGCGCAUUCUAGGCAGUCAAGGCUGGCUAAUACAUAGUAAUGGUAGUAUGUUUGCCAGGUCCUGUAGGCUGCAGUAAUUAUACAAAACCGUGCCCCCUCCCCCCCUUACGUUGACGAUGUGUUGUUGGUUGUGCUCUGUCAAGAUUGUCAAGAUAUCAGGCUUUCGGGGUUUUGAUUUUUCUUUUUUCGUUGGGUCUGGGUUAUAGUCGUCCUUUCUUUUCUUGAUGUUAAUUUGUUUCAUUGUCUUUUGCCAUCAUUGGUACCAUAAUGUCGUAUAUUACACAACCCAUGCAGCACGACCACAUGAUAUGCGAUCAAAUUGAUCGUAACCCCAAUCCUUCGAGCUCACAUUGGCUGCCUCAAAAUCCAUCUAGGUUGAGAACGACCUCUAGUGCAGAGAGCUUGGAUGGCAAAUCCCAAGUCUAUCUCGUAGGCUGGCCUACUGAAUUGAAAGCUGUACCGCAAUGGACCUUGUGGAGUAUACUGCAGCACAUCUGGGAUAUUAUAAUAGUUGCCGUGUCUUUUAUUUUUCUAGUAUUGGCUAUUGCCGUUUUAACCCUUAAAGGCAAGCCCAUCGGUAGUGGCUUUGGAUUAGGGGUUGAAGUGGCCUCCGGACUUGCUCCGACUAUAUUCCCUAUUGUUUUCGCAUCUGUUGUCGGGAGAGCAUUGACUUUGAUCGGACGCUUAAAAGCAGAGCGUGGUGUUGAGUUGGGUACGCUUCGGUGCCUUCUAAGCACGAAGACCGUUUCCGAUGCAGUUCAAAACCAGCUCGUUUUCCGAAACUUUAGUGUUAUUUCCACCUUCCUGCUUCUCCUGUGGGUCUUAUCUCCAGUAGGAAGUCAGGCAUCGCUUCGUGCUCUUACCAAGGUGAACCACACAACCGAUACAACCGUACCUCUUCGCUAUGUCGAUAGCGGGCCUCUCGGACAGGUAUAUGUGGGAGAGUGGAGUAUUGCGCAGUCUGAUGCUCUCAACUCUGGACGUCCAAGCACAAUCAUAGAGGCUUAUUCAGCUGCUCUUAUGCAAACGCUGAGCAACAAAAGAGGCUCUCGAGACGCGUGGGGGAAUAUCAAGAUUCCUCGGAUUGAUAAGUUGAACAAAUCUUCGUCCGAUAGUGAUGGUUGGCUUGACGCUUCGGGUCAGCAUGACGUGGAGUCGUAUGCAAGUCUCUUUGGCCUUCCCAUCGUCGGACUUCCAAAAGCGGGCACAGCAGAUUUCUCGGUUGAAACGUCCUAUGUGUCCCUGACCUGUCCAAAAGUAAGCUAUGUUAAUAAGAACAAUACAUCACCACCGCUGAACGGAUUUAACAUCACCUGUAUCACCUGCGCCCUUAACACGUCCGCAUCUAAUGACAUUGAACUUUUUCCUGAGCGAAAGACUCUCUGGUCGGACCGAGCAGCUUUCUUCAUCGGCGAACGCGCGCCAAACUUAACGGAACAACAAGAUCCGAAAUUCUCCGUUGCUAAUACCAUACGCUUUCUCUCGCCUACUCCAGAUAACCGAAUCGUGACAUCUGACUGCAUUGUAAAGCAGGAGCUGGUCGAGGCAAGGAUACAUUGCACAGAAGGAAACUGCGCUACUACACACAUCCGACCAUCAACCACAGAUCAUCGCAAUGCAAAUUACACAGUCUUCGAUUAUUGGGCCAAGGUUGUGUUAGACGAAAUCACUCUUGCGAGUCAACAUGGCACUGGUGGCCUGUGGUCGAGCGCUUCCGAGUAUUUCAUCAGUGAUUCCAGCCGCCUACCUCUUCUCGCAAAGAGUCUUGGUGACAUCCAGCAAUUGGUCGAUCUUGGAGCAGUGGCACCGGCCAUGUUCGCCGCACGCGCCUCUAUGCUCCUGAACAGCCUCAUCCAGCUCUGGAUGUCUGGGUCGGCCUUUGCUGGAGAAUUAUCCACUGAUAUCUCCACCUACGGGCCGGACCAUAUUCCUGCGACUGGCUUGACUGGGUACAAUGCACCGGAUUUCGGCCAUCCUAACAUUCCCGCCACGGGCGAUAUACCGGAUGGCCUACUGGGAACCUUCCGCAAUGUUCCGUUCAUAGGUGCCAAUACCAAUGCUUCUUCCACCAAAUUCGAAGAGGUGUACAAUCCAAGUACUGUGUGGCUUAUCCUACUGUUCUUGUCUUCCAUGGUAAUGUCUUUCGUUGGCAUCAUCGGCAUCACUUGUGGCAUGAAAACGCUUGCUCCCGACAGAUUCGAUUCCGUGGUAAGCCAGACAUAUGACAAUCCCUACUUUGAGUGUCCUCCCGGUGGUAGUGGACUCGAUGUUACAGAAAGGGCGAAGUUACUGCAGAAGGUCAAGGUUAUGAUUGGUAAUGUUGAACAAAACGGCGAUGUUGGAAAGCUAGGCUUUGCCACGGUUGAGAAUGCGCAGCCUGUGGAAACGGCAAAGUUUUAUGAAUAAGCUCAUGAGAAAUAAUUUAAAAAUUAGAGAUAUAAACACAAAAUAUUGUAAAUUAUAAAUACUAUGUUUAUAAGAAGCUCAGUAUUUUGGCUAACAUUGCAAAUGUUGAAGAGUGUUUGUGGGCUAUGGCCAUUAGUGAUGACU